AUGCCAAACAGAAAAUACAAGUUCGGGUAUGAAUCAUCAGAAGCAAGCAAUAAGGAAUCCAGAAAAAAGCUAGAAAACAACGAGGACCAAAAUAAAAGCCAUGCCAGAGAGACUAAGAGGCAUAACAAAGACACCCUCCAGCUUCAACUACUAGAGGGUAAGCCGAGAAGAAUAAAACAUAAAAAGUAG